AUGGAGGUGGAGCUUUGUGAUAGGAGGAGGUUUGGAUUGACAAAGGGAUUUGUUACCCAGAAUGACUUAGUAAGUUCUGGUUCCCUGAGCCUGAUCACCAGGACUCCCCCUCCCCCAGCCCCAGAGUAUUCCCAAGAGGGCUCCAGUAAACCAAACAGCAUUCUGUGGGUGUCUUUGCAGAAAGUCUUCAUUGGAGAAGAGCAGCCAAUAUGCAUUGAAAAUUAUACAGGAGCUCGCUGUGAAGAGGUUUUUCUCCCAAGCUCCAGCAUCCAAACUAAAAGUGACCUGUUUGCAGCUUUCGUGGCAUUGGCUGUCCUAGGAACGCUUAUCAUUGGAGCCUUCUACUUCCUUUGCAGGAAGGGCCACCUUCAGAGGGCCAAUUCAGCCCAGUAUGAUAUCAACCUGGCAGAGACAAGCAACACCAGUGCCCACCACAAUCAUGGAGAACGCUGAAGAAACAUCAAAGUGAACCAAAGAAUUGCUUCUGUUACAGAGGCAGAAAAUGAAACACCAUAAGGAUUUUAUUAAGCAGACUCAUAUCCACUUUCCACAUUUGAAAAUCAAGUCAAUCAUCCGUAUCUCACGAUUUCCCAUCAAGAGGAUUUGGAGUGUUAUGCUCACGUUAAAAUUGGAUUUAUGACAGUGCUAAUCUGGGCCAGAUUUGUGUGGGCACAAGAAACCAAAAGCACAUUUAUUUGUUUCUUGAAAAUUUCUGCAGAUUGCACAGUAAGGUCUCAGAAUUUGUAAAAGGUUAUUCCUAUUGUAAUUCUCUGCAUGUUCACUUUGUUAAAUUUGUAAUAUAAAUCACUGGCAAAACUUUUGUUAUCUGGCCUUCCCUACUAGGUUGAGAAGCUGGUUCAGUUUGCCAGUGAUGUGGGUUUAAGCGAAAUUGAGAGAACUGUAGAGGUGAAGUGGCUACUGCAACCUCUUCAGUAGUAUAGGUUGCAGUGGAUUCUUAACAUUUAUAUCACUGUACAGGGUGUAUCUAUUUCUAAGCCUUAAUUUCAAGAUCUACCUGUCCUUCCUUCCUUAUGUUGCUACUACCUUAUAUUGCUAAUUAGUUUUUAAGGGCUUUAGUUCUACUUGACUAAAAGGCAAUGGAAAUAUAUACCUUGAAGCAACCUUUCAUAAAGCAAAUUGCAACCACAGAAAUGAUUUUGCUUUGAAAAUAUAUAAAGGAAAUCAAUGUUUUUAAGUGUGUUGAUUAAAUUAACCAUUCUGUUAUCAGAUUAUCACUUGAAAGAAGGCAGCUCAGUGUGUGAAGACACUAAGGGUGCAUACACUCUUUUUGUGCUCACCUCAAUUUUUUCAUGUGAUCGUUUUUCCAGUUUCACAAAUGACUGCAAAGCUUGCCAUUUCUAGGAAUUUACAUUCUUUUUUAUGUUUUUCGCUGAAACAGUAAUUAUUCCUUUAAUGCUUGCUUUUAUAUUAGCCAAACCUUUCAUAAUUGUAAUGAAUUAAAUAUACAGUUUUAACUUUAACUGAGGCAGGAGGACUUUUGUUCUCAUCUGUACUAAUGUUGUUUCUAUUGGAUCAACUCCUCCCCCUGCUAAAGAAUUCUACAUCAAGGGUGCAGCCAUGUGGCCAAAAGACUGCACUGUUCACAGCAGGCCCCAAAGGCUCAGCUGUACCAAGCAAUCCUGUAACAACUUCAGAUCUUUUAUGAAAUGACCCUGUAGUAGACUCUUCUUUGAAAAGUAACAGAAAACAUUUUUUAUGAGUAUUAAUUUGAAAAAAUAAAACAAUUCAAUCCUCAGGCUCAGGCUCAUUCUGUUCAUGUUUUCAGUUUUAAAAAUCCAUUUUCCUCCACUAUUCAACCAACUCUUGACACUGUCAAGGAUAAAGAAAUUUUACAAAAUAUUUUCAUUAUGUGUUAUAUAAGCAAAUCCAAGGACAGGAAUUUUGAGGUAUUGUCUACCUGACAGUGGGUACCAAUCUUAAGUAGAAAAAUGAAUAGCUAAAGAGAAAUGGCUAACUAACUAUAAAUAUUCACUGAUUAAAAGUUCUAUCAUGAUCAAACUUUUCGUUGGACUUUCCUCAGGAACUAAGAUUCAGAACAACCAUAAAAUGAAGGCGCCCUUACAUAUUUUUAUCAUAUACAUAAACAGCAAGAGAAAUUCUUUGGCGGCAAGAAGUGGGAGAAAAGUGGUAAAAGCAGAAAAGUAGGAAUAAUGUUAACAUAUUUUAUUUUACUUACCUUGCAAGUCUUCCACCGUCCUGUUAGAACAAAGCACUGGCCAUUCAUCACAAAAGUGCCAUACAUUAAUUAUAUCACACUGUAUUAGGUAGAAUAUGCUAAUAUAAGGAUAUCCUGUAACAAAGACCUAAAAUAAACAAACAGUGCCUUAAAUAAGACU